UCCCAGAAAGAAAUGACAGAAGGAAAUCAUUCUACAGUGAUCAAGUUUAUUCUUUUUGGCUUAACAGAAAAACCAGAGCUCCAGAUUCCACUCUUCCUCCUCUUCCUCGGGAUUUACAUGUUUACAGUAGUGGGUAACCUGGGCAUGAUCAUUCUGAUUAGAAUUAGUUCUUACCUGCACACCCCAAUGUACUAUCUCCUCAGCAGUCUGUCCUUCAUUGACCUCUGCCAUUCCACUGUCAUCACACCCAAAAUGCUGGUCAACUUUUUGGUGGAGAAAAAUGGUAUCACCUAUGCUGAAUGCAUGACUCAACUCUAUUUCUUUUUGGUUUUUGUUAUCUCAGAAUGUCACAUGUUGGCUGCCAUGGCUUAUGAUCGCUAUGUGGCCAUCUGUAACCCCUUGCUUUACAAUGUUACCAUGUCUUCUCAAGUCUGCUGCUGGAUGGUAGCUGGGGUGUAUGGCAUGGGUUUGGUUGGUGCCACAGCUCAUACAGUCUGCAUGCUAAGAGUGUUCUUCUGCAUGGAAGAUGUGAUAAACCAUUUCUUCUGUGACCUUUUCCCACUACUGGAACUCUCCUGCUCCAGUACUUUUAUCAAUGAGGUGGUAGUUCUGUGCUUCAGUGCAUUUAAUAUUCUUCUUCCAGUUUUGACUAUUCUCAGCUCCUAUAUCUUCAUUAUAGCCAGCAUCCUGCGCAUCCGCUCUACUGCAGGCAGGUCCAAAGCCUUCAGCACCUGCAGCUCCCACAUCUCAGCAGUUGCUGUCUUUUUUGGUUCUGCAGCAUUUAUGUAUCUUCAGCCAUCUUCAGUCAGCUCCAUGGAUCAAGGGAAAGUAUCCUCUGUGUUUUACACCAUGAUUGUUCCCAUGCUGAACCCCAUGAUCUACAGCCUGAGGAAUAAGGAUGUUAAACUUGCCUUACAUAACAGCUUUCAAAAAAUAAAUUUCCUAUGA